GAAAAAGGCGGCGAACUGGAAUGCUUCGAGGGAAACAGGGGGAGGCCUACUCCCUGAAACUGUGGAGUAUACAGACCUGGAGGAGCUAGUGAUGGUCUGUGUAUCCUAUGAGGAGGUGGCAGGUGUGUCCGAAAUGGACACCGACACACCUGACAUGGAAGGUCCAUAUGCCUUGGCAGAAUAUAACCAACUGACAGAGGACAGCGACACAAUGCCUGAGGCAUAUACUGUUCUUGACGAGAUGACCAAGCUCAAUUUUUCUUUUACAAAUUCUUCUGAGAAUCAUUUCACUUCAACAGAGAUCCCAGAGAUAAUAUCUAAAGCAUCCCCCAGUUUAGGCAUUGCCAUCCUCUCAAUAGCUUUCAUCAUUGGAUUUCCAGGCAAUGCAUUCGUCAUCUGGACAGUGUUGACCCGAAUGAAGAAACUUACCGUCACCUGUCUCCUCAUUUUACAUUUGGCAAUUGCUGACAUCAUGGUAAUCCUCACAGCGCCAUUCUUCCUCCAUCUCCUGGCCACGGGCAGCUGGACAUUUGGAAAUAUCAUCUGUAAGAUGUGUCAUUACAUUAGCUGCCUGAGUAUGUAUGCCAGUAUCUUCCUCAUCGCUUUCAUGAGUGUAGACCGACUCCUAGCUGUCACAAGACCUUUAACUUCUAUAACAACAAGAACAAAAUCAGUUGUCAGGAAAAUAAUCAUAGCUAUAUGGGUGUUAUCAUCUUUGUUGGCCAUUCCUAUGCCAAUUUACCGUGCAGAACUAAGCAUUAGCAACCAGCAACAAUGUAGACCCUUGCACAGCACUCCUGGACACAUAAUCUUUCAGUACGCAUUUGAAACCAUGACAGGUUUUGUUAUCCCAUUCACAAUCAUUCUGUCUAGCUACCUCUGCAUUGGACUAAGAUUACGUAGUGCAAAGUUCCACAUCAGAAAUAAGACAAGUCAGCUGGUUAUCAUGAUCAUAGUAAUAUUUUCCCUGUCCUGGCUUCCAUAUCAUGUGGUGAAUAUAAUGCAGGUGUCUGGAGAACUGUCCUCAUCAGACAAACUAAGAAAAGCAGCCAAGACUGCCAGGCCUAAUACUACAGCCCUGGUCUUUCUCAGUAGCAGUAUUAAUCCUAUUUUGUAUGCAUUUGUUGGCAGCAAUUUCAUUAGGACUGCUGGAGUGGGGUUCAUGGCCAGACUUUUUGAAGGGAUUGGUACUGACUGUAAGAAUUCAAACAAGAUUCCUGAAGAGUUGCAACAGAAGAAUCAAGAUGGGCCUGUGGAACUGGGGAAUAUCCAUCAAUAAAGUUUCUAUAUGUGUAAAUUUAGAUACAAUAGCUAUAAUAAAACAAACAUGAUAUGCUUGUAUGGGUUGGGUAUGAGAUCCCGACAGUCAGAAUGCCAGCAGUCAGAAUACUGACAGCUGCAUGCCGGCAGUCAGAAUCCUGACACAUUUUAGUAAGUCUGCUAACCCUUCUCCUUACCCUCCCCCAACCUUAACCCUCCCUGCCCACAGCCUAACCCUAACCCUCCCAUGCUGUAACCUAACCUAACCCUCUCCUCUCACAGUGUAACACUAACCCUCCCCCUAGUGCCUAACCCUAACUUCUCUUUGCCCCCUGCAGCCUAACCCUAACCUUCCCCCAAUACUUAUGUUCGAGAUGCUGACUCUCUGGAUUCCGGUGUUGGGAUUCUGAGCAGUGUCAGGAUUCUGGCGCCCGGCUUCUGAUCGCCGGCAUCUUGACCGUCAGGAUGCCAACUACAUCCCGUUGGGGUAGAGUUUAGAGAAUCUACAUAGAGUUCAUUGAUUAUUAGACUGGGCCAAAGAACUGAAGAUAAAUGUAAAUGAAUGAUGCUGCUGUGUAUAAAGCAGGCUAUAACAAUUGUGUCAGGUUGUAUUUAAUAUAUAUACUAAUAAUUACAGUGGGGGGCAAAGGAGUACUUUUUUUGCCUAGGUCCUACAGUAUAGAUGAUUAGAGAAUAUGUAGGAUCAUACUAGCAGUAUUUGCAGAGCUUCUGUAUUGUUUUUCAGUGAGUUCCCACCCAACAUAGCCAUAGUCUUCAUGUCUUGAGCAGAACUUAACUUAAAUGAACACAGCCUGGAUCAGUAUACAGUUACCAAAAUAACUUCAUGCAAAAUGUGAUAAACAGAAUUUCACUCAUUAAA